AUGGCGGCCGCGGCCAGCACCGCCGCGUCCAUGCUCCAGAUGGUGACCCCGACCAAUGACGCGUGUCACUCCUCGCCGCCGGCUUCCUUCGCCGAGGACUACCACUGGUAUUCCUCCCAGCAGCCGCAGCAGCCGCCGCAGCACUGGCAGCAGCAUGCCUGGCCCUCGACAACGGCCUACUCUUCUUCGGGCUUGCUCCCGGUCACACCGCCCUGUCACUCGACGGCCGACCCGAUGGGAGGCGGCGGGGGGGCUGCCUUUGAUCGGCUUUCCCCGCGGUCCCUCUCUCCUGGUGGGGGUGGCCCCCUGCCGCCGAGCUUCGCCACCGGUUGCUAUGAUGGUGCCCAUGACGGCGGCGGCUUUGCCCCUGCCAUGAUGGGCAUCAAGGCCGCCUACCAUCACCACCGGCGGGCCGGCACCGACGGUGGCCUUUCCCCCCCCGGUGCGAGGGGGGCCUCCUCCUCGUAUGAUGGCGGCACGGCUGCCGGUGGUGCUGGCGGCGGCGAUCCCCGGGUGCAGAUUGGCUUCCCCCUGGACCGGCAUCUGGCCCCGGAGCAGCCACACCCGCCGCCGCCGCCGCAGCAGCAGCAGCAGCAGCAGCACUACCCCCCCCACCGCCAUUAUCCCCCAUAUGGCGCGGAGAGUGACCGCCAGCACACCGAGUACUACCACUCGGCUUGUGCGGCGGCCGGCGAUGUGCCGAUGCUCUCGCGGGCCCCGUCGGCUGCCGGCUCGGUCAAUGUCUCGGUGGUCGGGUCCCCGGUGGCUGCGGUGGUGGACAUCCCCGGCCCGCCCCCUGCCUUUGCGAGUGGCUAUUCGCCCCUGUCCGGCGGCGAGGCCUGCUCCUCCUCUGCCCUCGAGGUGAUGGUGGCCUUUCCCCCGACGGCGUCCGCCCCCGCCGGGGCCGCUGCUCCUGCCUCGGCAUCCCAUGCUGUCGCCGGCGGCUCCCGUCCCUUGCCAUCGUCCGAGCAGCGGCACCGGCACCAUCAUGACCCUUAUGUCCAUCACCACCAGCAGCAGCAGCAGCAGCAGCAAUACCCGGGCCAUUGCUCAUCCCCGGCCAUUGUCAUCCGGGAGGCGGCCCCCCCGUCACAGCGGGCGGAGCUGGUCUCCUUUGCUGUCGGACCGGCGGCCGGGCCGUCCGCUGGCGCCCAUGUCCCUGCCUCCGGGGGCGCCGACUUCUGCCAUGCUCCUCCUCAGCAGCAGCCCACGUCGCGCCCUUCUAGUAGACCCCAUCACCUGCACCAUCUUCAUCGUGGUCAUCCGGAUGAUGGGCACUAUUCUUGGCAGCACCCGCACCCGCACCCGCACCCGCACUUCCAGCAUCACCAGCAGCCGGGCAUGCAUGCGCUUGCUCCACAGUCGGCCAGCGGUGGUGCCGGCGGCGGCGGCGGCGGCGGCGGCCACUGCCGCCAGCUGAGUGGCCAGCCCUUCUUCCCGCCCACCGGCGCGGGUGCCGUCCUGCGGUCUCUUCCUCUGGCCCCCUCCCAGCCUUCGUAA